GCGAAAUACAACGGCACUGACAUCCCCCAUGCUGCGUUUAAUUACCUCAAAACACGUUUAAGAGAAUGGCUUGACAAAACUGAGGAAACGACAGAAAAUUGGCAGGAAAAAGCUUCGUCUCCGAAGAAGAAAAGCCACUGGCUUAGCACAGCGCGAUUUACAGCAUAAACGACGCCUGAACGUGAAUAAUAAAGCGAAACGAACCAUUCAUAGCAUGUCAAACGCAAAAUUAAAUGCUGACAACGAGCUUUAAUCGACAUUGACCAGGAGGCAUGUGGAUCGCAGAAAGCUCGAGAAAUCUGGUAAUUCAAAUAGCUUUAUUCCUUGUUUAUAUAUUUUUGGGAGCUGUCGUUUUUCAAGCGUUGGAGUCGCAAAAUGAAGAGGAGGAACGUAAAGCGAUGGUCGUGGCGCGAGAUCGUUUUCAGGAGAAAUACAACAUUUCUCGAGACGACCUAAAAAAUUUCAUCGAUCAAAUCGAGCAGAUAGCGGAUCACGGUUUUAGCCAACACUGGAUCAGACGAUGGACAAUAUUGGGUUCGUUGUUUUUCGCAGGAACCGUUGUGACUACUAUAGGUUAUGGUCAUGUGACGCCUUGCACAGAUGCAGGCCGUAUAUUCUGCAUCUUCUAUGCCUUAGUUGGGAUACCGCUGACCUGGCUCAUGCUAUCAACGCUAGCGCAAUACAUUAACGCGUGUAUUGGCCGAGCUCUGGAAUGUUGCUACGAACGAGUUCUUCGACGAAAACCGGUAGGGAUUGGGAUUGGGUCUGCAGCAAUCACACUGGCGAUUAGCGCGUCUAUGAUUUUAAUCAUUGCCUUGUUCGGAUGUUACUGGGAGGGCUGGCGCUACCUUGAUGGCGUCUAUUUUGGAUUUAUAACAUUAACAACAAUUGGCUUUGGAGACUUUGUUCCUCUGCACCCGUCGCCUAAUCGAGAUCCCGAAGGAUAUAGGUGGCACGUACUAAUGUUUACAGUCCUGAGUAUUCUUUACUUCACUAUCGGGUUAGCUAUCGUGUCCAGCGUGUUGUUAUCGAUCAGAAACGCCAUGGAAGAGAGAUCUCUGUCUGGAUUCCAAGUUCUAAAAGAACCAGAGGAAGACUGAGACCUUGUAUAAAUUUGAAGAAAGCGUAAGAUACAUCACAGAAAGAAAGUCACUAAUUCAAUGCUCCUCGUCACUCCUCAAGAUCUGUAAAACACUCCAGAAAUAGGUGCCAUUGUCAAAUGUCAAUAAUUUCAAAUAGAAUUAAAAAUAAUCGGCAACAUCACGUUCAUGAAACUUUGCUUUCUCUUUAUUUUUGUGUUAUAUCCAUUACUAGUUAUUCUACAUAAAACUCAUCGUGAAAAAACAUUUGUCCAUCUUCUUUUCUAUAAUUAACUUAGGAAGAAAAAUUUGGCUUGUGCUCAGCUUCAAUUCAAGCUCAUAUACGAUCUCAAUUAACCUUCUGCAGACCUCUAAGUGGGGCUAGCAUCUAAUUUCGCCUUGCAAUAUCACCCCUG